CUUGUUUCCAUUCUACUUACCUAUAGUAAGAAAUGGCCUAUUCACAGUCCCCUAAGAAGGCUGGUCUACCACGAGAGGUUUUGAAAUGGCUGCAAAGUCUUGAUUUAUCGUUUUUCCCAAAAAACGUCCGCAGAGACCUUUCCAAUGGAUACCUAGUGGCAGAAAUAUUUUCCUGGUACUUCCCAAGGGAUUUUCAUAUGCACUCCUAUGAUAAUGGAGCUUCACUGGCUGCCAAACAAUCCAACUGGUCCCAGAUUGAGAGAUUUUUUGAGAAGCAAAAGAUCAGUCUGUUGAAAGAGGUCAUAGAUGGCACAAUCCACUGUAAACCUGGAGCUGCGGAGCUUCUCGUGCAAGAGAUUUACACCAUCCUGACCAACAGAAGGAUCCAGACCAUCCAGAGGGUGGAGCAAGGCUUCACAGAUAAGGCUUAUCAAGACCAGUUGCCUAUGGUGGCUCGAGCCACAGCCUCAGUGGCCAUAAAAAGCAACUUGAGUCUCAGUGAGGUUAUAGCUGAACCAAACAUCAUCUCCAACCAGCACAAGGUCCUUGCAAUCAUACACAGACAAAUAGAACAGAGAAGAGAGGAGAGAACACAAGACCCAAAACGAUUCAAUGUUAAGCCCACUCUUGGAGAACAGGCUGUCAGAUUGCCUCCGUUGUUAGCCUACCAGAGCGAGCCAAACCUGCAGAUGAACACCAGUCAAGCAGCUUAUUAAGUUCUUGGCUCUACCUUGCCAACAAGCAGAUGAGACAUAUGUUCUGUGGCAUCUGGCAUCAGAAGCAAAUGCACUGCGGAUAUUGGAGGCAAAUUAUGAGACUGUUUAAGGUAGAUGUCUAACAAAGGUCUUCCAAGCACAUUUCAAAAUGUGGCCCUAGAAAUUUAAGCAGAAGAUUGAUUCACACAAUAAAUAAAAAAACAGUCUAACAAGCAUACAUAUCAGUGUGCAGUCUGCUUUUGUUGUCCAUUUUUGAAUAGAACACAGACUAAAAAAAAUGUGUGGUGAUAUUUGAAGUAAAGUUACUAAAAAUACUUUUUCUCCUCCUUAUGAUUUGUUGUUUCUAUGACUUUUUAUGGGACACUCUUUUUUUUGUAUAAAAAGAGCAGACUGGACAUUUUCCUAAAAAUCUCCUUUUGAGUCCGGUGGACAAAAAAUAAAUCAUGUAGGUUUAGAACAUCAUCUGAGCUUAAAUUCAACAUUUAUCAAGCCUUUUUUCAGCCUGUUGUUGCAUCUCUGUUAUCUCUGUAUUGAGAUAGCUCGGUUUUAGUUGAAAGGCACCGGAUGUUCUCUUCUCUGCUCCACCCGAGACCCACUGCAAAUUAGAUAUUCAUUUAGCAAACUCACUGUGAGACAGGCAGGAUUUAGGCAAGUUGCCCGGGUCCUUUUUUACCCCCUCUGCCUCUUUUACUCUGUUUCUCUCCCCCUUGUACACACACAAACACACAGUGACACACACAGUCCCUUUCAGUUUCACACACAGACAAGCACUCUCACACGCUCAGCACCACUGUCAAACAUAAAGAGUGUAUCUGCUGUGUUACCAUGCAUCUUUCAGACUCAAUUCAUAGCAUAAGGUUGCCAUGGAUAUCUAAAGCAAGCUGGUGUGUGGAGAUUCUAAAAAAUCCACAUGGUGAUAGAGAUUCUGAGAAGAAGUCCACGUAUUUAAAUUAAACCCAAGU